AUGGCUUCGCAGGGAUCUGGUGCUGUGGACGAUUUGGCUUGCUCUCAGGUUGGAUCCAGUGUUGAGUGUUCCAUUCGAAGGCAACAGUCAGACCAUUGCUUUCAGGUUGGAUCCAGUGUUCCAUUCGAAGGCAACAGUCAGACCAUUGCUUUCAGGUUCCAGGGUUGUUCAUUCAUCUCUUGCUGUUCCUAUUCAGCGUGCGUUUAUUCGCUUUCAUCGGGCAGGAAAGAUUUCAGACGCUUCAGGUCCCUUUUCGUUGCUGCUACCAGUUGUCUGUUGCAUCCUGUUAGGAUGUUCAUUGUUUAUUCGUCUUACCUUCAUUUGUUGGACACGGUGGCACCUCAAUGUGGGAUUCCCUUUCAUUCUUAUGUGAGCGAGGUGUCUGACGAUGGUGACGUCUUAGGAGGGGUUGAGCUUGAGCUUCCCGUUUCUAAGCCUCCUGGUGUCUCGCGCCGUCUAUUUUUCUGGGCGUCUGCUUCUUCUGGAUUUCCGCGCCCCCACGACAAGGCCGCUCUUCAAGCCCUGUCUUUUCUUCAAGAGUAUUAUGGGUUUGUAAUCUGCGAUUACAAUUAUCAGGGUAUGUUAGCUUAUAGGGAAUUAGCUAGGUCGGCUCUUAUCUUUGCUGCUUCCAUUGUUCGGACAGCUGGUUUAAACUGUGUGGGUUCCACCGGUUGUGUUUCUGAUGUAAGUGCUGCUGCACAUUGGCAGGUUCUGUAUUUACAGAUGGUAUCCUCGGCAUGUAGGUUUUAGUGUAGGUUGAGAUUUCGGCUUCUUACGUGUUGUACCGUUGUUUUAGAUGGCCUUGCGUGCCAUAGUAUAACUAAUAAACGGCUUUCUUGGUUAAGUGCAUGAGAGUUUUCUUAUUGUCCUACUGAUGCCAU